AUGGGUUCUGCUUGUUGCACCUGCUUUGGUACACUCGUUUUGUUCCACAAACUAGUAGCUUUAAAGGAAAUCACAACAACACCAGCACAUAUGAACUGCACAGGUAGAAAUAUAGAGGAGCUCCGGUUCACUUUGCUGCAGAUGAUGUCCCCGUCGUUAAAUAAAGUGAACGCAGUUAACUCGCUGAACUGGACUGCUACGUAUACGCCUACAAAACCAAAGAAGGUACAGAAAUGUGUUAGUCGGGAGAGGACUGCCAAAGUGAAGAGAAGACAAUACACGUACUCGGAGCUGAUCGAGUACUUGCAGCAGCGACAGUCGAUGGGACAGACAUACACGAAACCACACCUGGCGUACUCUCAGUUGAUCUGUGCCGCUAUCUUGCAAUCACCCAAAAAUGCUAUGAUGAUACAGCAGAUAUACUGCUGGAUAUCAUCGAACUUCCCAUACUUCAAAAUGAACGAACAAGGCUGGCAAAACUCAGUGAGACAUAACUUGUCCUCUAAUCCACAUUUUGCAAAGACAGUGAAGAUAGAUUCAAACACGGAUGGUACUUGCAAAAGGAAAUGUUUUCUAUGGACCGUGGUGCCCGGACGCGAGGAUCAAUUCUAUACGAGGGAGUCCAAUUCAAUAAGGGAACAAUUCAAAUCCAUCAACCAACACCUCAUAGCAGACAAGGAGAAUGUCGACCCAACAGCGUCACAUUUCCCCACGUCAUCCUCCAAUACAAGCUCAAGCUCUUCAACUCCAUCCUCGUGCUUCUCUGUGCAGACAGUACAAACGAUGAAGGAUUCUUUCGACCAAUCGCAGGACAAAACGGUGAACAUCAUCGACGAUAUAGAUUCCAAGCUAGACUUGCUACGCACUCCAAAGUUCGAAAAUGGGUUCACAGACCUCCAAUUACAACAGAACAAUCUAAACACGGAGGAAUGGUUCCAUAUGGACCAAUUGCUCGAUUCUUGUACAGACGUAUUCAUCUAG